GCCUUUCACUCUUUUCCAACCCUCCAUCUUAUAACUCCCAGAUCAUCUCGAGGAAUUUAUAGAGAUACAGAGACCACACACCUGUCACCAUGGACGCAGCCAUUGAUCUUUCCAAUGCCUCCAAGGCAUUAGACCUCGCCAACAUCCGCUUCCAAUUAAUUCGUCUAGAAGACACAAUCACCUUCCACCUCAUCGAACGGGCGCAGUUCCCACUCAACCAAACCAUCUACGUCCCCGGCGGCGUCAAGAUCCCCGGCGACGAGGUCAGUCUGAUGGACUACGUCCUCCGCGAGCAAGAACGCCUCCAGUCGCGCGUGCGCCGGUACGAAUCCCCAGACGAACACCCCUUCUUCCCCGAGGCCCUGGAGGACCCCAUCCUGCAGCCGCUCACGUACCCGAAAAUCCUGCACGACAAUGACGUCAACGUCAACGAGACCAUCAAACAGCGAUACACGGCGGACAUCCUGCCGGCGAUAUGCCCGCAGUUCGGCGGACGCGGCGACCGCGGCGAAACCCAGGAGAACUACGGCUCCUCGGCGACGUGCGACGUGAACUGUCUGCAGGCGCUGUCGCGGCGCAUCCACUUUGGGAAGUUUGUCGCCGAGGCCAAGUUCCAGAAGGACCCCGAGCGGUUCGCGCGGCUGAUCAAGGCCGGGGAUCGCGCCGGCAUUGAUCGCGCCAUUACCGAUGCCAGGGUCGAGCAGAAGGUGUUGGAGCGGUUGGCCCUCAAGGCGAAGACUUACGGCACUGAUCCGGCGUUUGCUAGUGAAUCGGGCCCCAAGAUCGAUGUCAAUGCCGUGCAGGCUAUGUAUAAGGAAUAUGUUAUUCCCCUGACCAAGGUGGUCGAAGUGGAGUACCUGAUGCAGCGCUUGAAGGGUACACAAUGGGAGUGAAUUUUUAUGCCUGCCAAUUGAUUCCCCCCCCCCCAAAAAAAAAUAUUAGUAUCUUUCCAUAAUUCCAUGCCGUGACGAGAACUCGUAAUAUAGAUCAUUAAUAGAUUCAAUUAAAAAACAAGAUCUGCUAUCAUCAAAACUUUUUGU